GCCCAUGAGAUGCCAAGAAUCGGACGGAAAGUGGGUGCCGCGCCUACCUACGGGAUCGGGGCGGCGAGUGUUAAUUACACCCUCAUCGUGAUACUAUUGGAAUACUCUGCCUGGGGCCUCCUGACGAUGCCCAUGAUUGCCACGCUGAAGGAAACCUUUCCGGAGGAGCCGUUCCUUAUGAACGGUCUGGCCAUGGGUAUCAAGGGUAUACUCUCGUUCCUCUCGGCACCGCUGAUCGGAGCCCUGUCCGAUAUCUGGGGACGCAGGCUGCUGCUGCUGGUGACGGUGACAUUCACCUGCCUGCCCAUUCCGUUGAUGUUUGUCCACAGCUGGUGGUUCUUCGUGAUAGCCUCAUUCAGCGGUGUCUUUGGGGUGACCUUCUCGGUGGUGCUUGCCUAUGUGGCGGAUGUGACACAGCCAGAGGAGCGCUCGCGGUCGUACGGGGUGCUCUCGGCCACGUUUGCGGCUAGCCUGGUGAUAUUUCCGGCUUUGGGUAACCUCCUCAUGGAUAUGUACGGAAUCAAUGCGGUGGUGCUCUUCGCCACAAUUAUCGCAGCGAUGGAUGUACUGUUCGUUUGGCUGGCCGUACCCGAGAGUCUGCCCAAAAAGGUGCGCACCAGCAUCAGCUGGAAGCAAGUGAAUCCCUUUCUGAAUCUGCGGCGCAUGGACUCCGACAAGAGCAUCCUGAAGCUGUGCCUCAUCAUCUCGCUGUUAAUGCUGCCCGCAGCCGGCGAGUACUCCUGUGUGCCCGCCUACCUCAAGCUCAGGAUUGGCUUUGACUUUGUGGAGCUCUCGACUCUGAUUGCCUUUAUUGCCUUCCUCAGCAUAGCCAUGAACAUGGUCCUCGGCUCCCUAACACGAGCCUUUGGAGCCAAGCGAGUCAUUCUCGUGGGUUUGGGAUUGAAUAUGCUGCAGCUGCUCCUGUAUUCCUUUGGCACUGAGAAAUGGAUUAUGUGGAUGGCGGGACUUGUGGCCGCCCUGGGAUCCAUGAGUUUUGCGGCGUUGAGCGCCUAUGUAUCGAUCUACUGCGACUCCGCGAGCCAGGUAGUGGUCCAGGACACGAUCAAUGGGCUAUCCAGCCUAUGCAAUGGCCUUGGACCGGCAGUGUUCGGCCUUAUCUUUUAUCUCUCCGACAUGGAUCUGAGUGAAGGUCCAUCCACGAAUGUGGACCAAUUUCAAGAGCAUACUGUGGCAGCUCCCUUUAUGUUCGGGGCCAUCUGUGUGCUCAUCGCCAUUCUGGUGGCCAUCUCCAUCCCCCCGGGCCAUGAAUCGAAGGGGAAGCAGGCGGAUUUAUCCGAGAUGCAUUAUGUGAUUGAAAUGUGAUUGUUGCUGAAGCCCCCAUUAUCCACAUAGAAAUAAACCAAGAUUCGGUUUAGAUUUAAA